UCGGAGCUUCCGGGGCCGCUGCUUUAAAGGGGGUCCCACGUUUACUUGUCCGCCCAGGAUGACCAAGGUAGGGCCAGUCCUUUUGGGCCAGAUUCUCCAGCAGAGAAGUUGAAAUGGAAAUUAAAAAAUAGGGCAAAUUUGGUUUGGGUGGGAAAGAUUCGGUGCUCUGAAACCACUAAUCGCCUUUUCUCCCCCGCUGCACGUGUCUGAUCAGAAGGGAGCCUCCUUACUUUGCCACCAUGCUCUUUGGCCGUGUUCAUGACUGCACAGGCUUGAGGUCUCCAGGCGGGGAAAAUGAAAAGUAAAAAAACAGACGCUCCAGCAGUUCAUGCUAAGGUUAACUCGGAGAAUCUUCCAAAUCAGCACCGGAAGGAGAAGAAGAAGAAGAAAAUAUUCUGGAAAAAGAAGCUAAAGCAUUUAGCUGAGAACUCGGAAAAGAAUUCCAAAGGGCCAGUGGCCUUGCCGCCAAAAAAUCCCCAGGAAGUGUCAUCGAACUGGAAGGCUUUGCAAGAGCUUCUGAAGCAGAAGGCUGCCAGUUUGAAUCCCGCUCUGACUGCCCCAGAGACGUAUUCCAAGAAAAAACGCACAGCCCAAGAGGGAAGGGCCGCUCCGAACACCCCAAAGAUAAAUGGAAGAGGCCGAACGGUGACACCCGAGCCUGCGAAGGAAGGGACCUCGUCUGAAGCUCUUAAGGGCCCGGGCGUCACAGAAUCUGAUAAAAACCUAGGUGGAAAGACUCAAAGGAAGGCGAAGAAGCUCAAGAGAGAUCAAGGACAGGGCCGUGCUGAAACGAAACAGGAAGACAUUAAACAUAAAAGGAGGAAAACAGAAGAGCAAGAGGACCCCAAGCCGGUGGAUAUCUGGUUUGAUGACGUGGAUCCCGACGAUAUCGAAGCCGCCUUGGGCCCAGAAGCAGCCAAAGUGGCCCGAAAACAACUGGGCAUCCCGGAAGAGUCGCCCGAGCAGCUGGCAGAACGGGCGCUGGUGAAAGAGAAGGCGUUUGAAGGGCUGACGAAAACGGUGGCCAUGGACUGCGAGAUGGUGGGCGUGGGCCCCACCGGCGAAGACAGCGUGGUGGCCCGCGUUUCCAUCGUCAACCUGUUCGGCAAGUGCGUUUACGACAAGUUUGUCAAGCCGACGGAGAAAGUGAGUGACUACCGGACCAGAGUCAGCGGGGUACGGCCGGAGAAUUUAAGGAAAGGGGAGGAUUUUAAAGUUGUUCAGAAGGAGGUGGCGGACAUCUUGAAGGGACGGAUCCUGGUUGGCCACGCUCUUCACAAUGACCUAAAGAUUCUCUUUUUGGACCAUCCGAAAAAGAAAAUCCGGGACACCCAAAGAUACAAACCUUUCAAGCAGCAGGUGAAGAGCGGGAGGCCGUCCUUGAAACUGCUAUGCGAGAAGCUGUUGAAUGUGAAGGUCCAGACGGCGGAACACAAUUCGAUUCAGGACGCCCAAGCCACGAUGAGACUCUACACGAUGGUUAAGAAAAAGUGGGAAGCGUCGCUCAAAGAAAAAUCGCAGGCCAAAAAGCCUCUAAAAGAAAUUAGACAGAAAAAGACUCAGAACCGCAAAGGAGGAGCGCCUGCUGAUGUCUCAUCCUUCCGGAACGGCGACUCAACUCAAUAACUAGGCGACUAAAAGCAGAGAAAAGGAUGAAGGUGGAACAUUUCUGGUCCUGUCCUCCUUGGCGCAACUCUGGGCGGGGGGGGGGGGACUGAUGGGUGAAAAACUCAAGCCUCAUGAUGGCCUGUUCUUCCUGCCUAAACGAAGAACAGUAGAGUCACCUCGGUUUCCGUAUUUAUUCACGGCAUAACCACUGAAAAAUAAUAACUGCCGAAACACCCCAUGGAAUAAACAUUUCUUCCGAAGAAGGCAAGCUCCUGAGGCCGGCCUCCCGUUCACGUCACCAAGCGGAGGCUGAAAAGGCUCAAGGAGAAAAUGGGUCUUCCUGCCUCCUUUCCGGUAAGGCCGCCUUGUGGGCGUGAUACGAACUCCAGCGAUGCUGCGCGUUUCUAAGUAAAAAGAGCUAAAUUUGGUCAUUUGA